AAAUUUUUAACACAUCUAUACAUUUUUCAAAAUGACUGAAAACUAAGGGGUUUUGAUUGGAAAAUAUUGCUUUCUCGAUCAAGACACAGGGUGGCGCUGCAGGCUAAGAUUGUGAACACACACACAAAAGAGCCACAGGAAGUUUACGUAUUCUUUUGUGUUGGGAGACAUAAUGAAAACCGCACAAGAAGCAUUGCCAGCAAUUGGGGAUUAUCAAAGGGUGAAGGAAGCGAUAUAUCAAAGUAAAAUUAAGGUGAAAGCGAUUUUGUGGUGAUUCCUACAAGCAAGGAAUUAGAAUUUCAUGUUUCAACUUUUUUUUUCUUUCUUUGCCCGCGAGGGCAAUCCCUGAAAUAAUUGGAUACAAAGACUCGGAUUUGAGUAUGGGGAAACUAAACGGAAUUCAUAUAAACAGGCAAGUGGUAUCUUUUAUUUUCAUGACGUUUUUAUCUCGGGUUUCACUUGAGCCUAUUCAUUAUUCUGUGCCAGAGGAAACUGAGGGCGGCGCCUUUGUAGCCCAUCUGAUCAAGGAUCUGGGGCUGGGAACUGGGGAACUGUCUUCCCGGUUAGCCCAGGUAGUGUUUGAUGAUGAUAAGCAGCAUUUGUUGCUGGAUCCUCAGACUGGAGAUUUGUUUCUGAGGGAAACACUAGACCGAGAGGAGCUAUGUGGCCGCGCUGAACCGUGUGUGCUGCAUUUCCAAGUGUUUCUUGAAAUGCCAGUGCAGUUUUUUCAAGGAGAAUUGUGGAUUCAGGAUAUUAACGACCAUUCUCCAACGUUUCCUGAUAGGGAAGUGCUCUUGAAAAUACCCGAAAACAGCCAGCCAGGGACAGUAUUUCCGCUACAAUUAGCUGAAGAUUUGGAUGUGGGCAGCAAUGGGCUUCAAAAAUAUACACUCAGCUCUAAUUCUCAUUUUCACGUUCUCACUCGAAAUCAUAGUGAGGGCAAGAAAUUCCCAGACAUGGUACAGGACAAGCCACUGGAUCGGGAGGAGCAGGCUGAGUACAGGUUAACCCUCACGGCUCUGGACGGUGGGUCUCCACCGAGGUCAGGCAGUGUCAUGGUUCGAAUCCUGAUCAUGGACGUCAAUGACAAUGCUCCUGAGUUUGUGCACACCCCCUAUGAGGUGCAGGUCCUGGAGAACUGCCCUUUAAAUUCCCCAAUCCUCAGUGUCUUAGCUAGAGAUAUGGAUGCUGGAAACUUUGGGAGUGUUUCCUAUGGCUUGUUCCAGCCAUCAGAUGAAAUUAAGCAAACUUUCUCAAUCAAUAAAGCCACGGGAGAAAUCCGACUGCAGAAGAAACUGGAUUUUGAGAAAAUUAAGUCUUAUGAUGUGGAAAUUGAGGCCACAGAUGGAGGAGGCCUUUCUGGGAAAGGCACAGUAGUGAUAGAGGUGGUGGACGUGAAUGACAAUGCCCCUGAACUUAGUAUAACUUCGCUGACCAGCUCCAUUCCAGAAAAUGCUCCAGAAACUGUUGUCUCUAUCUUCAAAAUUCGGGAUAGAGAUUCUGGAGACAAUGGAAAGAUGACAUGCUCUAUUCCAGACAAUCUUCCAUUCGUUCUAAAACAGACUUUUAAGAACUUUUACACCCUAGAAACGGAGAGCCCGCUGGACAGAGAGACCACAGCCCAGUACAACAUCACCAUCACCGUCACCGACCUGGGGACGCCCAGGCUGAAAACCCAGCACACCAUCACCGUGCUGGUCUCCGACGUCAACGACAACGCCCCCACCUUCACCCAAAGCUCCUACACCCUCUCGGUGCCCGAGAACAACAGCCCCGCCCUGCACAUCGGCAGCGUCAGCGCCACAGACUCAGACUCGGGCACCAACGCCCAGCUCACCUACUCGCUGCUGCCGCCGCCCCACGACCCGCUCCCGGGCCUCGCCUCGCUCGUGUCCAUCAACGCCGACACCGGCCAGCUGUUCGCGCUGCGGGCGCUGGACUACGAGGCCCUGCGCGCCUUCGAGUUCCGCGUGCGCGCCACCGACCGCGGCGCGCCCCCGCUCAGCGGCCAGGCGCGCGUGCGCGUGCGCGUGCUGGACGCCAACGACAACGCGCCCUUCGUGCUGCACCCGCUGCAGAACGCGUCCGCGCCCUGCACCGAGCUGCUGCCCCGCGCCGCCCAGCCCGGAUACCUGCUCACCAAGGUGGUGGCGGUGGACGCCGACGCGGGCCAGAACGCCUGGCUGUCCUUCCAGCUGCUGCAGGCCAGCGAGCCCGGGCUGUUCAGCGUGUGGGCGCACAGCGGCGAGGUGCGCACCGCCAGGCCGCCGGGCGAGCGCGACGCGCCCAGGCAGCGGCUGCUCGUGCUGGUCAGGGACAACGGCCAGCCGCCGCUGUCGGCCAGCGUCACGCUGCACGUGCUGCUGGUGGACGGCUUCUCGCAGCCGCACCUGCCUGGGCCCGAGGCGGCGGCCGAGCGCGCGCAGGCCGACCCGCUCACCGGCCCCCUGGUGGUGGCGCUGGCCUCGGUGUCGUCGCUCUUCCUGUGCUGGCUGCUGCUCUUCGUGGCGCUGAGGCUGUGCGGGAGGAGCGGGCGGGCCGCGCUGCCUGGCUGUCCUGCGCCCGAGGGCCCCUUUCCGGGCCAGCUGCUGGACGUCAGCGGGGCGGGCACGCUGGCCCACAGCUACCAGUAUGAGGUGUGUCCCACUGGAGACUCUGGGACUGGUGAGUUCAAAUUCCUGAAGCCUCUAUUUCCCAACCUCGGGGAUCUGGAUACUGUGGGAGAACCUAGGGACAACCCCACCUGCAGGAACAGCUCUGUAUUCAGUUAAUUACAGUAUUUGUUAUGUAAUUUCAUUAAUUAUGGCAAAGUUCCCAUUAUAAUUUGUUCUCUUAAGAAAUGGUGCUGUAAUGUAAAUAUUGAAUCUACUCUUUCAAAUUUAUUCAUGUUCCUAGUGGAUGUGGACACUGGGAAAGAAGUUAGAGAGAACCCCAACUGUAGGAACAGCUUAGUGUUCAGCUAAGUAUUGUAUCUGGCUCAGUGAAUUUCCUGUUUAAUUUUCGUCCAGGGAAGUGCCAUACCUUCCUUUUAAGAGAUAAGAUUGUUCUUUAGAUAUCUUCUAAGAUAUUCUUUGUACCGUUGAAUACUGUAUGUAUUUCUGAUGGCACUAAAUUUGUUUCUGUUUUACUCAUAUCCAGUGGCACCUAUCAUUUGUAGUUAUACUGAUAUCUGUUUUCUCUAUAUUUGAUCUUUUGGUGAUUAUCUUUCCAUAACUGUAACUUAAGGAGUAUAAAAUUUUUCACUGUAAGUGUCUUGCUGAGACACUAAAUUUCCCAGGCUGGGCUCCAACUUGUAAUCUUUUUGUCUCAGCUUCCCAGAGUGCGCUGUGACUUUUACAGUUUUAUCAGGGACAUAGUGUUUUAAACUUUUCUUAUUACUUUGACCUUUUUUAGUUUACUGUGCUAUCAGUUUAAGGCCCCUGAGUAGCUAAGAACAUAAAAAUUUAGAAUACUUAUUUCUCCAAGUUAUAUGUAAACAUGCACUUCAAUAAAAUAUUAAUCCCUUUAUGACCUUUUUCCUUUUCUGAAUUCUAUUUAUGUUAGGGAUUAGUUUUUAAUUGCUAUCUACUUAGCACAUUGUUAAGUGUUCCAUAAGUGGUAAAAUUGAAUUUUAAUAAUAAUUCUCAUUAAAUUGAAUUUAAAGAGAAAAUAUAUUGCCUUUUCUUUUACUAAAUAAAUCUGUUAAAUUACUGCUUGAUAUAAUCUUUUUUUUUUUUUUUGGUACUGGGGAUAAAACUUAGUAUUGCAUGCUUGCAAGGCUGGUGCUUAUGCCGCUGAGCUAAAUCCCCAACCCCUAAUAUAAUCCCGUUCAACCAAAAUUUCAGAACUUAUUCUUUCUUGACAUUAUUGUAUAUUGAAUUAUGUUUUCUUGUUCUGCCUUCUUUCUUACAAAUAGAAGUUAAAUUGUAGUUUACUGUGUGAAUUUCCUUUUGUUUUCCAGCAGCUUCUCCCCAUCUUUCUAUAAAGAGUCACAACUUUAACAAAUUUAACCAUCCUGUUGAAUUGAUUAUUAGUUGAUCUCAGAGUUUUUACCUUUUUCUGGAUGUAGACAGUCUAUCACCAAAAUGAUUUCUUUGUGAUAUUUAAUUAGCUUCUAUUUUGUUCUUUACUGUAACCUUCAGUUAUGGUUAAUUUAAUUUUUCAUUCCAGUUGAUAUUAUAUCUGCAUGAAAUAAGCAUUAUUUUUUUCUGAGAUAGGAACAGUAAUGAAUAUCUGAAUUGUCAUUGUUUUGAGUUUUAUAUUCAAUAAGCUUAGUGAACUGACUGUAUGAUUUCUAAAUAAAAUUCAUAUGUAUGUAAUUAUAAGACAGGUUCAUUGACCAUCUGGCAGAAUUGAGAAAUUUAAAAAGUUACUUUGUAAUUUAGUUAGGCAUGGUGGCACACAACACCCAGCACUUGGAAGGGUGAGGCAGGAAGAUUCCCUGAGUUUGAGGUCAUCCUGGGCUACAAAGUGAGUUCAAGGCCAGUCUGAACUGCACAGUGAAACUCAAAAACCAAAGUAUAAAACAAGCUUACUUUGUAACUUACUAUUUGUUUGUAAAUUUCAAGUCUCAUUCUUCUGCAGUUAAGUGCUUGUGCUUUUCCCUGGAUUACUGAUUUUACUAAGAAUAUAACAAAAUAGAAAAGGCUUUGACAACUUUAAAUUAUUCUUGAAACAUAGUUUUUAGCCUUUAUUCUUUAAAAUUGAAGCGAGGAAGAGAUGAAAGGGAGAAUAGAAUUAAACACAAAUAUGCAAGAUAUAAAUAUGGUGAUGUAUUCCUUAUUUAUUAUCAACCAUUUAAGUGAAAAAGUUUCAUAUGUGAUGAUAGGUAGUAAAUCUGGUGAAAAUUUUCACCAGUACAUCAUGAAAAUGCAAAUUUAUUUAAUUUUUUGUCUGUGCCAGUGAAGUCCCAUUUGUCUAAUCAUUCAAAUAAUUCUAGCCAAAUAAACACCUGGAACCCA